AUGGCGCUGUCUGGGUCGACCCCUGCCCCGAGCUGGGAGGAGGACGAGUGCCUGGACUACUACGGGAUGCUGUCGCUUCAUCGUAUGUUCGAGGUGGUGGGCGGGCAGCUGACCGAGUGCGAACUGGACCUGCUGGCUUUCCUGCUGGACGAGGCCCCCGGCGCGGCCGGCGGCCUGUCCCACACCCGCAGCGGCUUGGAGCUGCUCCUGGAGCUGGAGCGCCGCGGGCAGUGCGACGAGAGCGACCUGCGGCUCCUGGGGCAACUCCUCCGAGUGCUGGCCCGGCAGGACCUGCUGCCGCACCUGGCGCGCAGGCGGCGCCGGCCAGUGUCUCCAGAACGCUACAGUUACGGCACCUCCAGCUCUUCUACAAAGAGGACAGAGGGCAGCUGUCAUCGCCGUAGGCAGUCAAGCAGUUCUUCAGAUGCUCAGCAGGGCCAGUGGGAGACAGGCUCCCCCCCCACCAAGCGACAGCGGCGGAGUCGGGGCCGGCCCAGUAGUGGUGCCAGACGGCGGCGGAGAGGGGGUCCAGCUACCCCCCAGCAGCAGCAGGAGCCGGCCAAACCAACCUCAGAAGGCAAAGUGACCUGUGACAUCCGGCUCAGGGUGCGAGCAGAGUACUGCGAACAUGGGCCAGCCUUGGAGCAAGGUGUGGCAUCUCGGCGGCCCCAGGCGCUGGCGCGGCAGCUGGAUGUGUUCGGGCAGGCCACAGCAGUGCUGCGCUCCCGAGACCUGGGCUCCGUGGUGUGUGACAUCAAGUUCUCGGAGCUCUCCUAUCUGGACGCCUUCUGGGGGGACUACCUGAGCGGCGCCCUGCUGCAGGCCCUGCGGGGCGUGUUCCUGACUGAGGCCCUGCGUGAGGCCGUGGGCCGGGAGGCUGUCCGCCUGCUGGUCAGUGUGGACGAGGCUGACUAUGAGGCUGGCCGGCGCCGCCUGCUGCUGAUGGAGGACGAGGGGGGACGGCGCCCAACGGAGGCCUCCUGA